GCAACUCGGUCACAAGCAGAGUAUGGGGACAGGGGUCACUACAGCGAUGAAUUGGCAAAAUUUUACGUCGAAGGCCCUUCCUGACAACACAACCUCUAACCGUAUGGACUGGGGCACAGACUUAUAUGGCAGCAUGGAGCCCACCAGAGCAUCAGCCAGCAAGCCCCUGGCUAUUAGUCUCGUCUUCUUUAAGAUCAUUCCACUGGUAUCCUACUGCGUGAUAUUCGUGGUUGGAACUAUAGGCAAUGGACUAGUCAUCUACGUGACCGGCGUGCGGAUGAAGAGAACAGUCAACUCGGUUUGGUUUCUCAACUUGGCCCUGGCCGACUUCCUCUUUACAGCCUUUUUGAUUUUCCAGAUCAUUUAUGUUUCCAAGAACUACCACUGGCCUUUUGGAGACGCCAUGUGCAAGCUCGGCGUCUUAGUGGGCGCAUUAAACAUGUUUGCCAGCGUUUUCCUUCUGACGGCCAUAAGCGUCGACCGCUGCCUGGCCACCUGGGUGGUGGUGUGGGCGCAGAACAAGCGGACCCCGUGCAGGGCUCAGGUGGCGUGUGUCGUCAUCUGGCUGGCUGCUCUGGGCUGCAGCCUCCCCUACAGUAUUUCCCGGAAAGCUGUUCCAUAUGGCGGAGGGGUCAGCUGUAGCCUUUCUAGUUCGGCGCCCAAGGUUAAGCUCGCCGUUUUCCGCUUAGUUUUCGGCUGCCUCGUCCCGUUCCUUGUCAUCGCCAUCUCUUACGCUGCCAUAGGUGUGCGCGUCAGGCGCCUCCAGAGAAGCAGGAAACUUAGGUCCCUUCGGAUCAUAAUAGCGAUUAUCCUCGCCUUCUUCUUCUGCUGGUUUCCGUUCCACGCGUUUCAGCUCCUGGAGAUCAAGAUCAGCGAGAACCCGUCCCUGCAGAGUAUCGCGAUCAUCGGAAUCCAGCUGUCCGCGUGCCUCGGCUUCCUCAACAGCUGCCUGAACCCCAUCCUCUACGUCUUCAUGUGCGACGAAUUUCAUAAGAAGCUCAAGCAGUCCGUAUGUCACGUCCUGGAGAGCGCCUUGGCGGAGGACCAGCUGUCGUUUGUGUCUUCUCGCUCCUUGUCCUUGAAUCUCUCAUCGCGGUUUUCCCGCAAAGCCGCCCCUAUGGAGAGAAAGAACACGGCCUCCUCCACCAUGACCGACAACGCCGCUAGCGCGGAGGAGGAGCACGCACUGAGCUACUGCCAAGCGGAGGCACCGUGAGCGCCAGCAAACGCACAAAGCCCCAAGAGAUUUGAGACCCCCCGCAAGCGCGAACAGGACUUAAAGGCCCACAGGUGACCCGAUUCAAUGAGACGCAGCGCUGUGAGACGGUAAACACGAGUGUUUUACUGCGCCUGCAGAAGGACUUUAUAUUCAGAAUGUCGAGUGUUACGUUUGAUCGAUCACAUGCAAUGCAAUAUGAAUGACGCUUUGUUUGGAACAUGUGAACAAGCAGGAUGUAGCGUUCAGAUAAACCACUGCCAAUAAUCACGGAUCCACACAUCAAACUCGGCGAACAAUACAUCAGAUUAUUUGUUACGCGUUCGAGGAGGAGGAAGUAUACGCUUGUCCCCCCCCCCUACCCCAUAUCACCUACUGCUAAGUUAGUUCAGCUACUAUACAUUACAAAAAGAAAAAAAUAAUAUAUAUAUAUAACAAAAAUAUGACAUAUAUGUAUAAACCCAGAAAUCACUCGGUGUCAUAUGGAGGAAAAUGUGGGGAAAAAAUGAUAAAAAAUUAGGAAUGUGUGGAGAUAAGUAAACCUUUGAACACGUCUCUUCAGCGUCCCCGCAUCCCUCGGAAAUCAGACCUUUGUACUUCUUGACCUGUGUAACGUUUGCGCUCCCAGUUCCACGCUCACACUGCUCCACUUUUACCCCACGGGCGGAAACGCCCACGCUCUGCAAAGCUGCACGAGCACGUGAUUUCUUCAAGUUUAAUUUCCCUCUCGGACGAUAUCCCCUUUCUCCAGCUGAGAAUAUUUGUGUUGCAUGUUACUCGGUAGAUUGUUUCUUGCUUUGAACAUUAUUGGUGCUGUCUUAGUUAAAUCCCUGAACUUCAAGGCACUUGACUUUAAAAAAUGGCUUGUUGGGUGUGUUCACGAUAACUACCCUUGUGGCUCUUUUUGUAGUAUGCAUAGCGGUUGUAGGUUGGUUUUUUAGGUGUUACCCCACACCUCCGCACUGUAGAUCUGAUGUGGUCAAAUGAAGGAACAAUACAGUGUACAAUGACGUAUGAUCCGGGAUCUGUCUCGCUUAUCUCGUGACCGCGAUGCUCCUUGCCAGCUUCGCUCGCACGUUAGGUGCGGUUUCCAGCACAUUUUGCGGUCCAGUACCACACCCAGAAAUUCCUUUUGAAUCCCCCCCACCCACCUUUUCUCCCCAAUUGUACCCGUCCAAUUACCCCACUCGUCCGAGCCGUCCUGGUCGCUGCUACACCGCCCCCCCCCCCGGCCUCCGCUACUCCGGGGAGGGCUGCAGACUACCACACGCCUCCUCCGAUACAUGUGGAGUCGCCAGCCGCUUCUUUUCAUCUGACAGUGAGGAGUUUCACCAGGGGAACGUAGCACGUGGGAGGAUCACGCUACCCCCCCACCCCACCCCCAUGGAUUUAUUAUAGUACAUCCAUGCCCCCCCCCACCACCACCACCACCGAACAAGGCGCCCCGACCGCCCAGAGUGCAGCGACCAGGACACAUACCCACAUCCCCACAUCCCACCCGCAGACACGGCCAACUGUGUCGGUAGGGGCGCCCGACCAAGCCGGAGGUAACAGUCAAUCACUACUUUUACUUUGGUAUUUAUGAAGUGAUCUCCAAACGACAUAAACGUUGUUUUGCCCAGAUUUAAGGAUAAUUGGUUUUUGUCAAACCACCGUUUUUAAUUUUUCCCAUUUCUAUUGUGGCCGCCUCCAAAAGCUGCUGUAAAUCCUCCGCAGAACAAAAUAUAUUCGUGUCGUCAGCAAAUGAAACAAUUUUCAAUAUUUUUGGUAUUUUGUAUGUGAUAGCUUUAGGUGACUCCAUCAAUCUUAAGUGCCUGAGUGAUAUGCCUUCUCGUGCUGCGGUACUGUGACCAUUUGAAUAAAGCAUUUGCUGUAUGUGCAGUCUG